AACCGUUGGCGCCUAGUGCCUACUCCACUGUCCACUCCGCUCCAUCCUCCCUUCCUCCUUCCCGAUGCCUCCGACUACGAUGCCUUCCACUUCCCUCGCCCUCCCCACCGCCGCCCGCGCCGGCGCUCGCCGCCAUGCCUUCUUCAGCAACCGAUCACCCUCAAGCGUCCCCAUCGCGCGGCGGAGGCGCGCGCCCCGGUUCGUCAUGGUCUCCGCCUCGGCGUCUCUGGAGGCACUCAUCUUUGAUUGCGACGGCGUCAUACUGGAGUCAGAGAACCUCCAUCGCCAGGCCUACAACGACGCGUUCGCGAACUUUGGGGUGCGCUGCCCGCCGGCCUCCGCCGACCCGCUGUACUGGGACGAGGCUUUCUACGACGAACUACAGAACCGCAUCGGCGGAGGGAAGCCCAAGAUGCGGUGGUACUUUGGAGAAAAUGGGUGGCCUUCUUCAGAGCUCUUUGAGACACCACCUUCGACUGACACCGACAAGGAGAAGUUGGUUGACAUAAUUCAGGAUUGGAAAACAGAGAGAUACAAAGAAAUAAUAAAAUCUGGAACUGUGAAGCCUAGACCUGGUGUGUUGCGGUUGAUGGAUGAAGUAAAGAAUGCGGGUAUCAAGCUUGCUGUUUGCUCUGCAGCAACUAAAAGUUCAGUCAUAAUGUGCCUUGAAAACCUUAUUGGGCUUGAGCGAUUUAAUGGUCUGGAUUGCUUCCUUGCUGGUGAUGAUGUUAAACUAAAGAAGCCUGAUCCAACAAUAUAUAUAACAGCAUCAGAGAAAUUAGGUGUCGGAAGCAAGAACUGCCUUGUGGUUGAGGAUAGUGUUAUUGGAUUACUAGCUGCAAAAGGAGCAGGGAUGUCAUGUAUAAUAACAUAUACACCUUCAACUGCUAGCCAAGAUUUCAAGGAUGCAAUUGCUACCUAUCCUGACCUUAGUAAUGUCAGGCUUGAAGACCUCAAGCUAUUACUCCAGAAAACUCUUGUUACUGGAUAAUACAUGCGAUUAUUCCCUGGAUGUUGAACAUUUGGUGCUGGAUGUUGAGCAAUAGGUGAAUCCAAGAUAUACAUCUUGUUGAAUAGUUGGUGUUAUAUGUUGGAAGACAUGAUUACUCAAAUGGAAGUGAAGAUCCGCCUUGAAUCAUUGCCCCCACACCAACUCGCAAUAAAAUCCUUCCAAGAUGAGCUCUAGAGAGGUUUUUUUUUUAAGGGAGGAGUGAAUGCCUAUGAAUAAGUUUGUUUCAAAUUAACCUGAAGUCAGUUUGUUUCAAAUUAGGCUAAAGUUAAUAAGGCCCUGUUUAGUUACUCACCCAAAAA